AUGAAAAACAAAUGGGACAUUAUGCGGAAAGAGUUCAAAUAUUAUGACCGUUUAACAAGACUAGAAAUGGGAAUUUCAAUUGAUCCCGUGAGAAAUAUAAUUUCAGCAUCAAAGGAAUGGUGGGAUGAGAAAAUAAAGGAAGAUAAAGAGUAUGUUAAGUUUAAGGAUAAGAAUUUGGAUGUAUAUCAGACAUAUUACGAGGCUUUAUUUCGGGAUACCGUAGCUUUUGGAGACAAGGCUAAGGUACCUUGCGAAUUUGGCGACAGUAGCACUCUGGAUGAUGUACAGUUUGUGGAUAUUACGGAUGGAAAAGAAGCUACUGACGAAGUCCACUUAUUUGAUGAUGUUGAUCCUUUUCUCACAUAUGAUAGUUCUAGUAAGAAAAGGAGGGGAAAGAAGUUAACUCCCAGGCGUGACAACAAAAUAAAAUUUGAAGGAAAAAAUGAAGGAAAAAGUGAAGGAAAAAGUAUGGCAAACUCAUCACAAGUCCCAGUUUUCAACAUGUUAUGUAGGGAUCUUGUUGCAUAUUAUGGGUUAAAGAAAUCACGUCGUGUAUCUAUUCAAGAGUCCAUUGGUAUUUUCUUGUUGUACUUAGCGUAUGGAUGUGAAAAUCGGUUAGUUCAAGAGUUCUUUAACCAUUCUGGGGAAACAAUCCAUAGGCAUUUUCAUAAAGUCUUGGAUGUUGUGGUUAACCUAACUAAGGACAUCAUCAAACCAAAUGCUAACUACAACGAAACUAUACCAGAACAUAUUUUAAAUAACCCUCGGUAUUAUCCAUACUUCAAGGAUUGUAUUGGUGUUAUAGACGGAACACACGUGAAGGCCUCUGUUCCGCAACGUGACCAAAUCAAAUACAUUGGACGAAAGAAUUGUGUUACUCAAAAUAUUAUGGCAGCAUGUGAUUUCAACAUGUGCUUUACCUUUGCGUGGGUUGGAUGGGAGGGGAGCGCACAUGACAUGAGAAUUUUCAAUGAAGCGCGAAGGAGACGUGAAGUUAAGUUUCCACUUCCAGCCGAUGGUAAGUUUUACCUUGUAGACGUCGGAUAUCCAAAUACAAAAGGUUAUCUUGCUCCCUACAAAGGUUCAAAUAUCCGUUAUCAUAUUCCUGAUUUUCGACGUGGGCAGAAUCGUGCCGCGCGGGAACCAAAAGGCUUCAAAGAAAAAUUUAACUAUUAUCAUUCGUCACUUUGCAAUGUAAUUGAACGAACUUUUGGAGUCUGGAAGGCUCGAUGGGUGUUACUAAGAGAUAUGCAUGUAAAUUUCGACUUCGAGACCCAAGUGAAAAUUGUGCUAGCUUCAAUGGUGAUUCACAAUUACAUUAGAAUGAGCGGUAGUGGUGAUGCAACAUUUCAUAUAGCGCAAGAAGAAUCUUAUAUUCCGCGCAAUGAUGAAGGACCCGAUGAUGGUAUUGAGCCACAUGACGAAGUAUCAAGUGGACAACGUAGAAAUGACGAUAUGUAUAUGAGUGCAGUAUGCGAUAUGAUUGCGGGACAUAUUUUCUCAAGGUCAAACACUCGUGCACGUAAUGACGUAUAG